AUAAUUGACAGCAAAACACAAAAGACAUUACGCUCGGACCACUCGCCUCACUGCAAUGAAACGCAAAGUUGAGUCGACUGAGCCUGCCACUGGUGGCAAGCCCAGAUACGGUAUUGCUUCGAAUGUGGUUACGGAGAAUGCCGCGAGCGUCCAAGAGGCUUUCUGCCGGGCGACUCGCUCACGGAUUUUCUUCACUCUUGAGGACGAAGCGACUAAGCGAUUGAUGCACGGUGCAGUUGUGACUGCGUUUGGAGGUGGUGGCCAUGUAUUUUUUGAGGAUAUCUCUUUGAACCCCUUCAAGGACACCCUGAACGUGCCGUUCCUUGAAUAUCGAUGCAACAACCAGAGCCAUGUCAUUUUGCAUGGCAACGUCCUCAAUGCACCAGCUCUGGCUUCGAAGAUGCUGAGAAGCACCGCGCUUCCUGGAAAAUGCAAAGAAAUUGUUCCAGUGGAGAAGCAGUUUUGGGGCGCUGAGUUUGGCAUCCUGCAGGAUGCUUGUGGCAUACUCUGGGCCCUAUCGACGAAGAAAGAAGAGGAUAUGGAGAUGUCACCCCAACCUCCUCCAGUUCGAUCCUGUGUCACGGUUAUUGAUGCUGAUGCCUAUCUCAAAUUUCUACAGGAAGUGUUUGGUGAUACCCUGGUUGUCGAGAAGGUUCGCAAGGACGAUGAAGGGCUGCAGAAGGCUGAUCUUCUCAUCAUGGGCUCUGGCUUCUCUGUCAUCCGCGGUGCAGCUUCUGCCUCUGAACGCAGCAGUUUCCAGUUGAUGGUCUCUGGUGGGAAGGAGGCAGCUGGAGCCUUGGGUGAGGUCGUCUCUGAGGUUGAUGGAAAGUGGGCUGUGAAGAUGGAAUGCGGCGUUCAUGUCACUGUUUGUGAGCCUUCAAGUGUUGCAUCGUGAUGUAUAUAGCCACAGCUUGCCGUUUGCAGUGAUGAUGCCAUAUCCGCUAGUGAGGGAUUAGUAGUGUGAUCCAUAGCUGUCUAACAAAAAGCUGAGAAGACACAUUUUCCAGCGGGCAGAAAGUGUGACACGUUUCCUUUCAAACUGAUUUUCAAAAUCAGCCGGUCGCCAAUCUGUAUACUGUAGCGGCUUGUUGAAUACGCUCAAAGCGCCUAUCAGCAGACGCUGACGCUACAGACCGCGGCAGCAUCAAGGAACGUGUUUUUUCAACCAUCGGUUCUUUUCACAAUGCUGAAAA